AUGGAGGAAGGCGGUAUAAAUUCGGAAGUGCAACUGGCAAUAAACAUCACAGCCCGACAAUCUUCUGAUUCCUCUUACUUUCCACCGAAUUUCGGUUCCCCAGCUGCACAAGUGGCUAUUCACGCCGAAGCACCAUCGAGACCCACUGGUUACGCUCCCAUACCUCAACACCCACCACAAAAUGAACCACCUACAGAAAAAAUGGAGGAAGGCGGUAUAAAUUCGGAAGUGCAACCGACUGUAAACGUCACAGCCCAACGAUCUACAGUUCCUCCUCAAUCCUCUUAUUUUCCACCGAAUUUCCCACCAGCGCAAGUGGCUAUUCAUGUCGAAGCAUCAUCGAUACCCCCUGGCUACGCUCCCACACCUCAACGCCCACCACAAAUUAUGCCACCUACGGAAGGUUGGUUUGCUCGCAACCAAAGGAAUAAACCACAAUCGAACUCAGUGGGAUCAGCUAUCUUUGUUCUAGUUGCCGGUGGCAUGAACCUAGCCUGGAGUUGUGGCUUUGUUGAAGUCGAAGGCUUCGAAACAGACACACACAUAUUGAUUUGCUGGUACAUUGCGGCAAUUAUUGGAGCUUUAAUCUCAGCUUUCAUAACGAACCGCAUUACAAAGAGACCUAUAUACUUAUUUUCCGGCUUUUUGGUUCUGCUCGGCGGUAUACUCUCUGUUUCGCUUCCUCAUGAAUAUGGCGCGAUAGCAGCAGCUCGCUAUUUGAACGGUUUUGCAGUGGGUCUCACUUUUGUGCCAUUAUUGGUGCUAAUUGGCGAAGAGGUUGAUUGCCAUCAACGGGGUGUGAUCGCCGCAAUACUUGAAGCAGGCAGCUUCACUCUUGGCAUAUUCAUGCAAAUUGCUUUAUUUACUACACACUACGAUUCCGUCACAUCAUCGUAUUACAAAACAUUUGGUCCAACGGAGCUGCAUGGCAUUAUCGUAAUCGUUUUUGGUGUACUUACAUGCAUAAUGUCAUACUUCUUGGUUGUCGAGUCUCCCAUUUACUAUCUACUGCGUAACGAUGAAAACCAGGCCAUCGAUUGUCUGCGGCGUCUGCAACGUCCAUUCGUUGUAACACAGGAAACGUAUCAGCAGCUUGGGGAGCAUAAACGUUACGUUGAGGGCAAUGGUUACGACAGCAACCUAAGCCUAUCGGCACUCCUGAAGUUUUGCCUGUACCGUGGCUUAAUUGCGCUGUCCUUCUCGCCUUUCACCACUAUCGGGCUAGUAACGUCAAGUGUACUGUAUGUUGGUUUUGACACUUGGCCAUUUAUUAUUUUCGGUUUGUCUUUAUGGUUGGGUUCGUUUAUUGCGGGAUUUUUAAUAGACUGGACAGGUCGAAAAAUAUUGACGCUAAUUGGUGCUUUAGUUUGUGGGGGCAUGGCGAUCGGCGCUGGUUCUAUUUACCAUGAACCAAUUAAUAUUUUGGAUCCAACUAAACCGGACUCAAUUUUGUAUAUACUCUUCGUGUUGGAACUGUUUGCGGGCAUCUUUAGAAGUUCAUCUUCCGCAUAUCUGACGGAGGCAUUUCCGCUACAUUUGAAGUCGUAUUAUAUCGCCAUUUCAUUUAUUGUCGAAAUGUUGGUGUUGCUCAUAAUUGAGUGCUGCCACCUUGAUCCGGAUAGGCUUGAUGCAUACUUCAUUACAGUUGGCGUAUUCUUCCUGGUAUUUUUUGUGUUGGGUGUUCUAUUCCUGCCGGAAACUAAGAAACUUACACUACGAGAAGCUCAAGAUAAAUUCAAACUUGAAAGAAUUAUUAAUGUUUUUGCUUGAUGGGUUAAUGCUUAAAUACUACUAAUGAAUAUGUAUUAAAUUAUGUGUUUCGCUCUUACAGUAUCUUAUGUGUUUUACAAUGAGUUAAUAAUAAAAACAUUUUUUUAUUCUGAUA